AUGGAAGGAUAUUUAGAAGUAGUUUCUUCUAACUGGAAGGUACCUCUAUUGCUAGGGGAAGCUAUGCACACUGUUUGGAAAAAAAUGAAAAACACUCCAACCAUUAUUAGAUUGAAAAGCAAACCCAUUUCAGGUAUAAAGUUGCAACAUGAGAAUGAGAGAGAAGCCCUUAAAGAGGCAGAGAUGGAGCUUCUGGAGGAUAGAAUAGACCCUCGCAAAAUUGAUAAAGUAAAAAAAUGUACUGGCAAGGUGAUCAAGUGGAACACUAUUGAAGAACAAGCACUUAUACAAAGAGCUAAAAUUGAUUGGCUGAGACUAGGGGAUGGAAAUAAUGCUUAUUUCCAAGCCUAA